AUGGUGUACGUAGCGGCUGUUUACGGGAAAUGGGAGAGGAGAGAGCAAGGGACUUGGUUCUUCGUAGUGGAUGACGACAAGGGCGGUAGACUGUUCUCAUUGAGAGAUGGUUGUACCCAUGGCGAGCUUGUUGAAAUGGCAAACGAUGAAUAUGGGGUUGAUUCGAAUUCUGAGCUUAUUGAGGUUUCGUACCCACUUCCAGCUGAUAUUAUCCAGGGGGUACCUAUCGAUUCUCCUCCUACGUUUGUAACGACUGAUAGGCAAGUUCAAGUCUUGGUAGAACUAAGUCGACUGCAUGUUAUACGGCUGAGUGUUUCGAGCAAGCGGAUGAAUACUGCGAAAAGCGAUUUACCAGAUGGUGAUAAUGUCGGAUCGGAUAGCGAGUGGGGCUUGUCUACUGAUGAUGAAGAUUGGGAUGCACAGGCAAACGAAUACGAUGAUGCAGACGAUGAACCCGUAGAUGAACCAAGACCAACAACCGAUUGGACCAAUGGUGAGAUUGAUGAAGCAGAAGCUGAUUAUAGUGAGUAUGGCAGAGUCCCAGACGAAGAUGUGCGCGAGAAAAAGGUUCCGCUUGAUGAUAUCCGGCUCAAAGGACGCUGCUAUAAUGAAGGAGGACAUUUUGAUAAGUAUAGGGACGCCGUUAUCAAGGUUGGACAGCGUUUUGCAAGCAAGGAUGAACUUCUAAAUAUGUGUCGAUUGAUGGCUGUAGUGCACAGAUUCUCGUUUCGUGUCUUCAAGUCCUCACCAGCUCUCUUUGUUGCCACUUGCAACGUAAACGGAUGUGCAUGGCGAGUUAGGGCGUCUCUGAAGAACGAGGCAAUCGCGUUUUUCGUCACAAAGUAUGUGAGUACUCAUACUUGUUAUGUCGCAGACCGAGUAGCGAACCGGAAAAGCUGCACACCAAAAUAUAUCGGCGCCUUAUUCAUAGAGAGGGUUGGGAUUAUCGAGGGAAUUGUGCCUGAACACAUCGUCAUAUCCAUGAAAGUGAUGUUCGGCUUGAAGCUGAACUAUACGACAGCAUACAGGUCUUUGAGAGCUGCUCAUGAAUACGUCAGAGGGACACCUGAAGACGGGUAUGCGAACUUGGCUUCAUACUUGCAUAGAACGAAGGAAGCAAACCCUGGAACUAUUACCGACCUUGUCCGGGAUAAACUUGAUCGCUUCAAGUACUGCUUUAUAUCUUUUAGAGCUUGCAUGGUUGGUUUUCAGUACUGCAGGCGAGUGGUUAUUGUUGAUGGGACUCAUCUGACGGGGAAGUAUGGUGGUACACUUCUUGUCGCAGCCGGGCAGAUGGGUUGCUUCACUCAGGACUUCCCACUUGUCAUUGUCUCUGACAGACACCCAGCUAUCGCAAACGCAAUUGAAACUGUCUUCCCAUGGGCAACAAGAGGGAUUUGCUAUUACCAUAUGCAGAAUAACAUCAUCGGAACUUACCAUGCAAAGGAUAUCAUGUAUAUGGUGAAAGGUGCGGCAUAUGCGCACAACCUUGAUACAUACAACUGGGAAAGAUUCAACAUAAAGACUAGCAAUAUAGCGGAGUCAAUCAACUCUGCUGUCAAGAAAGCGAAGGGAUAUCCAUUACCUUCUCUCUUAGAGUUUAUCAGAGAAAAGCUGAGCCACUGGUUCAUGAAGAGGCGUGAAAAUGCUCUAACUCUCACCACACUCCACAGCAAAGGAGUUGAGUACUUGUUGGCCGUGCGUGAGCACUAUGCCGGUUUUAUGGACGUAGAGCGCAUAGACGAUUGGCAGUUCAGUGUCAAGUCUGGAGCAGGCUUGUACAAUGUAGAUUUGGAACUCCGAACAUGCUCUUGUGGGGUGUUUGAAGUUGAGAAGAUACCUUGCUCACACGCCAUUGCUGCAAUUAACGACGCGCGCUUACUUGUCUCUUCAUACGUGAGUCCAGCGUACAAUAAAAACACUGUACACGCUACCUAUGCGCAUCCGCUCUAUCCUUCAGCAUCAAACUUUUCAUUCGUUAAAAAGGAACCUUGCCGUCCCCGGAGCCUGCACCGGCCCCUGGCAGGAAAAAGAAAUCAAGGUGGCAAACUUGGUUAG